AUGGUGGGCUCCCUCUCCCCGGCCGCCAACUCCACCCGCUUCUUGUACGUGUACGACACCGUGAUGCACGGCUUCGCCGCCGAGCUCACCGUCGACGAGGCCCGGCGCCUGUCGAACACUCCGGGCGUGACCGGGGUGUUCAAGGACAAGGCGGUCCAUCUGCACACUACCAGGUCCCCGGCCUUCCUCGUCCUCGACAAGGACUCUGGCAUCUGGCCGGACACGGACUUCGUCGACGGCAUCAUCAUUGGCUUCGUCGACAGCGGCAUCUGGCCGGAAAGCCCCAGCUUCAACGACAUCGGGCUCACCCCCGUCCGGCCGAGCUGGAAGGGCUGGUGCGCCGACGGCGAGCGGUUCAACGCUAGCAUGUGCAACAACAAGCUAGUGGGCGCCAGGACCUUCACCGCCGGCGCCGGCACGCACACGGAAUGGUUGCCGGGAAGAAACGAGGCCCACGAUUUCCAGUCCCCAAGGGACAAGGACGGGCACGGCACACACGUGGCAUCGACGGCCGCCGGCUCCGAGGUUCCCGGCGCCAACCUCUUCGAGUUCGCGAGCGGGACAGAGAGGGGGGUGGCUCCCAAGGCGAGGGUGGCCAUGUACAAGGCGUGCGGACCGAUGGGCUUCUGCAGCAUGUCGGGCAUCGCCGCGGCGGUCGACGCCGCCGUUAAAGAUGGCGUCGACGUCCUGUCCUUGUCCUUUGGGAGCCAGGACCACGACUUCUACAAGGAACCCAUGUCCACCGCCUUGUUUGGGGCCGUGCGUGCGGGCGUCUUCGUCGCCUGCUCGGCCGGCCCGGACGCAUCCUCGCUGAGAAACGUGGCGCCGUGGAUCACGACGGUCGGCGCCGCCACCAUGGACUGGGUGUUCCCGGCGAGCGACACGCUCGGGAACGGCCAGGUUCUGACCGGGCAGUCUCUCUACGACGUCACGGCCAACCGAACAGACUUCGUCCGGCUGUUGCCCAGCGCCUGCACAGCCAAGGACCUGGUGCCGGACAGGAUCAUGGGCAAGAUCGUCGUGUGCGCUGGCGAUUUGGGCGCUGAUGCAUCAUUCGGCGCUGCGGUGCAGAAGGCCGGUGGCAGCGGGCUAGUCUCCGUCGCCACCCAGGAUUGGCGUAUGGAGGGGCUCGUAGUCCAGGCGUUCACCCUUCCUGCUGUCAGCCUCAGCGCCCGUGAAGCCGAGAAGCUGGCGGCGGACGUCCGCUCGUAG